GUACGUCACGACGAUGACGCGUCAACAUUACGCUAUACAUAAAGCGGCACGUAGCGGCCGCGCGUCUAGUCCUCGGCUACCAUCCGCGGCGACAGCACCCUGGCGCCCCGCGAUGCUUGCAUGGAGCCCGCGCCCCCUGCGCCUGGGCAGGCGCCCUCGCUGCCCGCGACCCCUGAGCAUCCCUCCUCGCCGGCGCAUGAUGACGACGAGGUGCUGGUGCCUACUGAUCCGGUAAAAUGGGACGGACGCGACGUGCGACGCUGGGUUCGUUGGGCGUCGCGCGCUUUCAGUGUGAGCGCUCCGCGAACGCAUCUACUGCCGGACUCCGGCGCAGCGCUCCUUGAACUCACCGACCAGCAAUGGCUGCAGGUGUGCUCGGGCAACGAGCAGUCCGCGCGGCUGCUGCGCGCGCAUCUACAGCACGCACGCUGCGCGGCCGCCGGCCUGCCACCGCCGCCGCCCCUGCCCGACCACCAAGCGCCCAGCACCGUUUCCAUACCCUACAGUAAGUGCCCUAAAUGUGUACAAGAGCAGCACGUGCACGUGCGCGCUGCGCGGCCGCGGUCCUACCGCCCCUGCCAGGCGCCCAAUAUCGUCGCCAUACCUACAAUAAAUCCGUACGCGUCCCUGAGUUGUCGCGGCAGCGGGGCUCCUGCGGGCGGACAAGUGCAACUCUGGCAGUUCCUCUUGGACGAGCUGGCGCAGGGCGCACCAGGAAUCUGCUGGGAGGGUUCUCCAACCGAGGGCGAGUUCCGCCUGAGCGACCCGGACGAGGUAGCCCGCCGCUGGGGCCGGCGCAAGCAGAAGCCGUCCAUGAACUACGACAAGCUGUCGAGGGCUCUGCGCUACUACUACGACAAGAACAUCAUGAGCAAGGUUCACGGCAAGCGAUACGCCUACAAGUUCUGCUGGCGAGGGCUAGCGGCAGCAUGCCAGGCGCAGACGCCCGACGCGCCGUGGCCGUAUCUGGCGCCGCGGCUCGACCAGGCGCCACAGGUGCCACAGACGCCACAAACGCCACAGGCGCCAUCCGCGCCGCACGCCUCACACGCGCAAGUGCCCCAUUUACCGCCGCACUAGGCUGUAAAGUUAUCUGUUCACGUCUACUUGAAAAAUGAGUUUAUUGCACAAAAGUGGAAAAGUACAUACAUGUGCGACAUUCGUGCAAAUCAUGUUUCGUAUCUUAUUUGUAUACCUAAGUAUAUGUUGUGUUAACCGUUAUUACUAAGAUCGUGGAGACAAGCGUGUUGGUGGCUGAAAACGGUUGUGAUCCAGAAGGUUAGUGAAAGCCUUUUAAAUCUUUCGAUUAACGUAAAAUCAAUUGCAUCAGUUGAUGCUCAUUCUGAAUUGAAUGAAUCAUGGUAAAUAUGUAUGAAUAUAAUUAUAUAAGAAUGUUGCCCGUCGGAAAUUUGAAAUCUUAAUACUAUUUGAAGAGGACGUUUAUUUGUGAGCAGCUUUCUUGACUGUUGUUAAUUUGUAUCACCUAUUUUUUUAGUAAGACAAACUACUCAGCGCUAAAGGCAUAUAGGUACGGAUAAGUGUUUUUAUUUAUUUAUUUUAACUUUAUUACACAAAAC